AUGGAGGAAUCGCUCUCGCAUUUAUUCUGGAAUUGCACUCUGGCUAAUUGGACUUGGAAUUAUAUUAGCUCCUGGUGGUCGAUAAAUUCUCUUUCGUUUAAAAGCAGACCUUUCAGCAUUCCAUAUUUGCUUUCUUUGAAACCUCAACGGCAUGUGAGCAAGAUUUGGCGUAUGGUUGUGUCAGCUUCUUUGUGGUCCAUCUGGCUCGCUAGAAACGAUUUUGUUUUUAACAAGUCAAAGAUUAAUGAAAAAGAGCUCACUCGUUUGAUUUUCAUUAGGAUCUCAAAAUGGGGAAGUGCCUCGAAGAUUAUGCCCUUCGGGUCUGAUCCUCUAUGGAAUAUUAAUCCGGUUGGUGCAAUUAACGUUCAUCAUUUUAGGGAUAUGACAAAUUUUUGGAAAUUUAAACAGGAGGUGUAUAGUACGGUUUGCAUGGUGGAUGCUGCAUGGCUUGCUACGUCCGACGGAAGUAUAAAAGGUGGCAUAGGUGGGAUUAUUAAAAAUAAGUGCGGGCAGAUUUUGUAUUGUUUCUCAGCUCCGUCUUAUGGAUACACUAUCCAUGAAGCCGAAAUAGAAGCAAUUCUGCAUGUUCUAUCAGUUUUCAGGUCAAACCCUUGCCUCAUGCAUAAUUCAGUUAUUUGCUCGGACUCAGUGGUAGCAAUUAAUGCAAUCUCGGCGGGUUUGGAAUAUUCGUUCCCUCUUUUAGUUCCAGAUUUUAGCAUUAAUGAGAUAUUCCAAAAUUCUGUUUGCCUUAAUUUCGUUCCUUCUGAUCUUAAUGAUGAAGCUGAUCAAUUGGCAAAAGAUGGACUUAAUAGGGAUCAGUUUAGUGCUUUCUGGUCAGCACAGGUGUUUUAA